CCUUUGCUGACUUAAAUCGACUCCGACUGAAUCCUUCCAUCUCGCCGUCCUGUUUCUCGCUGAGACGGCCAUCGAUGGUUGACUUUGUUUGCCUCUGUCUCUCUUCGCCUACCAAUCUGCGACGCGACCCUGGCGCAUCAUGAGUGCCUCGUAUAGAUAUUCACACGCCCACCCGCACAACGACUCUGCCUCGACAUUCGAUCGUCUUUUUGCUUCUUCCAAAGGUGCCUGGGUCGCUGCUGGCAUAGCUAUACUCUACUGCGCAUACACCUUUGCCUUACCAUCAAUACUCGCGGACCUUGUCUGGAAUGCCUUAGUCCUGCUCACACCUACCGCUCUUGUCCUUGCCAUCGACAAACGAAGAAAUCCCUCUCUCUACGAAGAUUCGACUGCAUCCCCGGACAUUGACGAUAACUACACUUUCAAAAGCGAAGCAAUGAGGAGGCUCUUUGGUCUUGGUUCUGGCUCGACCGGCAUACUCUCUGGCGCAAACUCCCUGAGGAGAGCUAGUUGGCUUGGUGGUCUCACCUCUGCGUCCGACGCACCACCGGGUCUCGGGAACUGGGACAACUCUUGCUACCAGAACAGUGUUCUGCAAGGCUUGUCCGCAUUUCAGUCUCUCACGACAUACCUGGAUCGCUCCGACAUGAUCAACGCUGAGGAUACUUCGACGACCGUCGGCUCGUUGCGUGAGCUCAUGGCAAAGCUCAACGACUCCUCAAACAACGGUUGCCGCAUCUGGACGCCGGCCAAGCUCAAAUCUAUGAGCAGUUGGCAGCAACAGGAUGCUCAAGAGUACUUUUCAAAGGUCAUGGACGAUGUGGAGAAAGAGACGAUGAAGGCUCUCAAGUCCUCACCAGCCACAGCAGGGCUUCAAGAAGUCGACUCACUAGACACCGUGAAGGCAUCUGACUCGGAAGACCAGAUUAAGGCUACACCAGGUCGUAAUCCCCUUGACGGCUUCCUUGCGCAACGAGUUGCGUGCACCAGUUGCGGCUUCUCCGAAGGCCUCUCUAUGAUUCCUUUCAACUGCGUCACUGUACCACUCGGCAAAAAUUACAGUUACAGGAUUGAGGAUUGUCUGAACGAGUACACCAGCCUGGAAGAAAUCACUGGCGUGGAAUGCGCAAGAUGUACACUGCUGCGUACCAAGUCACAGCUACAACAGAUGACUACAGAUUCCACGGGUUCGUCGGACCAUUCCGUACCUUCUUCUGCAUCUCUGCCGCCGGAACUUCGUGCUAUGAUUGUCCAAAGAUUACAAGCGGUCGAGCAGGCCAUUGUACAGGGGGAUGUCUCAGACGAUACUCUGAACAAGAAGUGCCAGAUUCCCAAAAAGUCGCGGGUAUCGAGCACCAAGACUCGUCAGGCUGUGGUUGCUAGAGCGCCUCAAUGUCUGGUCAUACACGUAAACCGAAGUGUAUUCGACGAGUAUACAGGUGCUCAAAGCAAGAACCUUGCCGAGGUCACAUAUCCCAAAGUUCUCAAUCUAGGUCCCUGGUGUUUGGGCACUACAAAGAAUGCCGGAGACCAAGAAGAGUGGCGCAUGAAUCCUUCAAAGUCAAUGAUUGGAUGCUCUGGUCAUGAUCCGAGGUCACAAUACAUCCUCCGGGCUGCUGUCACUCACUACGGCCGCCAUGAGAACGGUCACUAUAUUUGUUAUCGCGAACAUCCGGAACAUAUUCAAAACGCUGAAGACGACACUCUUUCCAAACAUACACCCAGGAAGUGGUGGCGACUCAGCGAUGAUGAUGUGUCUGCAGUUAGCGAAGAUCAUGUUCUAGGACAAGGCGGUGUGUUCAUGCUGUUCUACGAACGUGUGGACACUGCUGCACUUGACCUCGUGCCUCACAAUACGCAAAAGGUGCAUCAGGAGGAGUUCGUGACUGCCGCGCCGCCAGAGAUUCGGAUUGAACAACAGAUUGGACAAACUCAGACGAGAGUCGAGGAUGAGAGCGCCGUUUCACAAGAGCGUGUUCAAACACUACCAGAGGUUGAGGCAGAACCAGAACCGUCAAUACCACCGACUGUUAGAAGGCCGUCGACGCCCCAUAAGAUGCGGACGGCUGGUAACAAGGGCCGUCGUAGGUCAUCAGGGUUCUCAUCAACACUACAGGCAGUCGCUGCGACAUGAUAUACAGCAUUGGUCGGGAGAGGAGAUGUUUUUCACAGCGAGGCGUUCUGGUGCAAGGCGUACGGCCGUGGAAGACAGGACCACAUAGCCUCAAUCAAUUAUUCUUUCAGUCCUCAAAUAGCGUAGUAAUGAUCAUGACAUUUGGCGCAGUUGCAUCCAUAUUUCCUUGGUUGUGCUCGCUGUCCAACAUAUGUCUGCUACAAGAAGCACUUAGUAAACAGGUCGGAUGCAUGGAGUAACAUAUCCAAGUCGUUUAAGCUACUG